AUGCCCAUCCUCGACACCCUCACCACUGUUGCUUCGGCUCUGUUUAGCAACCUUGCCCCAUUCCACGUCCUCUUUUAUUCUACACUUCUUGGCACAGAACUAUUCCAAACUUUCAUCAACACCAAAGUCGCCUUCAUCGCUCUUCCUCGGUCCGCAUUCACCACGCUCCAAAGACGCAUCUUCCCCGUCUACUUCUUGAGCCAGACAACCCUGGUCGUUUUGAGUGCCAUAACCUUUCCCCCACAUGGCGUCUCUUCUUUAAUUAUGCGGAGGGGUGAUUGGAUCCCGUAUGCCGUGGCAACGGUGACGUCAGUUCUGAACCUUGCCGUGUACGGGCCGAAGACGCAAAAGGCCAUGGUCGACUGUGUACACCAAGAGUGCUCUAAGGAGCACUCCAGAGCCAAGGAGGACAGCCAGUUAGGAGCUGCUCUGAGGGGCUCUCGAGAGCCGUCGAGAGCUCGGGUUGGUGUUGACUUUGUCCGGGAGUACUGCUCGCUGGUCUUGCCGCACAUGAGCUGCGGGCCACGCGUCUGUGGCCAGUACCCCUACGAAUACCGAGUAGCCCUGCCGCCGACGGGUCUCCCGAUCAUCUCUCGCCCGAGCUCGGGAAGCCUCGGGUGGUUCGAUAACUGGCCCUUGGAUCUGCUGACGGAAACCCUCGAGGGCAUGGACAUGAAGUCGAUGUUGGCCUUCUCGCGGGUUUCCGUCCGGGCCUACAACCUGGUCCACUCGCUCUCGGCUUACAAGGAGGUCAUGGAGCACGCCAAGGGGGCUGUAUCCAUCCUUGGCGCCACGGGGUUGCUCGCCCACCACUCCGCCUCGUCGCUCCGCCGCGCCCUCCGCUCCCCUCGCGCCUGUUCCGGGUUUGGGGCGCUCCUUUUCCUUCCGACGUGCCAACGAGCCUGCGGCGACUGCCUCAUACGGAAAGCGGAGUUCCAGGUUUGUACUCCAGAGGAAGCCGGGGCGUUGUUCAGCCUUACGAAGGAGCAGCUCGCCUCGAUUCCGGAGCUACGGUUACCCCCGGACAUCUAUGCCGUCGAUCCAGACCACGACUUGCCCUGUAUAUCGGGCUCGUUGGUGAGCUUCAAGCAAGUGUACGAUCUAGCAGCGCAUUUGCCCAAGGAGGCGGCAUGGUGGCAUCCGAACCUCGAUAUCCAAGAACUCGUCGAGAUCCUUGGCGGCAGCGGCCAGUACUCAGGCCCUAGCUACAUCCGUUUUCCCUUCCUCGACGCGGCCGGACGCAACACGGCCGUCGACGGCCGUGCGUCAACCCAUAUCAAGACCAUGGCCGCUCGGUUGUGGUCUGAGGGGGAGCUUACCGAGCACGGCACAAACUGUUAUGGCGUCCGCGUCUUAUCUCGGAGAUGGCACGGUGACCUUCAGGGCAUGCAGCGGCGCCGACUUCUGGCUAGGAGCAUGGCUCCAGCGAGGGCCAUCACCAACCCCCUUGCCCUAUCCUCGCCAUGGCGACUCAUGAAGCUCACAGACGAGACAAUCAGAGAAAGGGCGGCGAUGGUCAGGGAGCACAACCGCUGGAUGGCGGAGCAACGGAGGCUGGACAAAAUCCGCGACCCAGUGGAGCAUUUCAUACCCUACUCAAAAGACCACCUCCCAGGGGAUUAA